UCUGGCAGAUACACACGCAGGCAGGCACAUCCCUGCUGCUGCAUCAGCUGUUACUGGAGUUUGCCGCCUUAAACAAAGCGCUUUCUAGCAGCUCGUCCAAAGAGGCUGAGUAGUGGGAAUAAGUAGCAAAUGGGGGAAAUCCAAGCAAGGGGUUAACAAGUGUUUGCAGGUCACAAAUGGAGGGGUGAAGCACAAUGGAGCUGCCAGAGGCUUGGGAGUAUUAAGGAAGACCUAGGAAAAUGGAAGAAGGAACGAUGGCUUUGGACGGUAUAAGGAUGCCAGAUGGCUGCUAUGCAGAUGGGACCUGGGAGUUAAAUGUCCAUGUGACGGACCUGAACAGAGAUGUUACCCUGAGAGUCACAGGGGAGGUGCACAUUGGAGGGGUAAUGCUGAAGUUGGUGGAAAAACUUGAUGUCAAGAAAGAUUGGUCAGAUCAUGCGCUAUGGUGGGAAAAGAAGAGAACCUGGCUCCUUAAAACUCACUGGACCUUGGAUAAGUAUGGCAUACAAGCUGAUGCUAAGCUCCAGUUCACUCCUCAACACAAAUUACUCCGCCUUCAGCUUCCAAAUAUGAAGUAUGUGAAGGUGAAAGUGAAUUUCUCUGAUAGAGUCUUCAAAGCGGUCUCUGACAUCUGUAAGACGUUCAACAUCAGACAUCCAGAAGAACUCUCUCUCUUGAGGAAACCCAGGGAUCCAACAAAAAAGAAGAAGAGAAAGAUAGAUGACCAAAGUGAAGAUGAGGCACUUGAACUGGAGGGACCAUUAAUCACUCCAGGAUCAGGCACUGAUGUUCUUUACAUCGGCCCAGUGAAAGGAAGCAUAUAUUCAAGUCCAGGACUUUAUAGCAAAACAAUGACGCCCACCUAUGAUUCUCACGAUGGAAGCCCUCUGUCUCCAACUUCUGCUUGGUUUGGAGAUAGUGCUUUAUCAGAAGGGAAUCCUGGUGUACUUGCUGUCAGCCAGCCAAUUACAUCCCCAGAAAUCUUAGCAAAAAUGUACAAGCCACAAGCCCUUCUUGAUAAAGCUAAGAUCAACCAAGGAUGGCUGGAUUCGUCAAGAUCGCUCAUGGAACAAGAUGUGAAAGAAAAUGAGGCCUUACUGCUCCGGUUCAAGUACUAUAACUUUUUUGACUUGAAUCCAAAGUACGAUGCAAUCAGAAUCAACCAGCUUUAUGAGCAAUCUAAAUGGGCUAUUCUUUUAGAAGAAAUAGAAUGUACGGAAGAAGAAAUGAUGAUGUUUGCAGCAUUACAGUACCACAUCAACAAACUAUCAAUCAUGUCAUCAGAAAAUCAUUUGAACAACAGUGACAAAGAAGUUGAUGAAGUUGACGCUGCCCUGUCUGAUUUGGAAAUUACUUUAGAAGGUGGCAAAACAUCAACGAUUCUGGGUGACAUCACUUCAAUUCCUGAGCUUGCCGACUACAUUAAAGUGUUCAAGCCUAAGAAGCUGACACUAAAAGGUUACAAGCAAUACUGGUGCACUUUCAAAGACACAUCCAUUUCCUGCUAUAAAAGCAAAGAUGAAUCCAGUGGGACUCCAGCUCACCAAAUGAACUUAAGAGGAUGUGAGGUUACUCCUGAUGUAAACAUCUCUGGUCAGAAGUUUAAUAUCAAACUUCUGAUUCCAGUUGCAGAUGGUAUGAAUGAAAUCUGGCUUCGCUGUGAUAAUGAGAAGCAGUAUGCACACUGGAUGGCAGCCUGCAGGCUAGCCUCCAAGGGCAAGACCAUGGCAGACAGCUCGUACAACUUAGAAGUUCAGAAUAUUCUGUCAUUUUUGAAGAUGCAGCAUUUGAACCCAGAUCCACAGUUAAUCCCAGAACAAGUCACAACUGACAUUAAUCCAGAAUGUCUGGUUUCACCUCGCUACCUGAAAAAGUACAAGAACAAACAGAUCACAGCCAGGAUAUUGGAGGCCCAUCAGAAUGUAGCUCAGAUGAGUCUAAUUGAAGCCAAGAUGCGAUUUAUUCAAGCUUGGCAGUCUCUACCAGAAUUUGGCAUCACACACUUUAUUGCAAGAUUCCAAGGGGGCAAGAAAGAAGAGCUGAUUGGAAUUGCCUACAACAGACUGAUAAGAAUGGAUGCAAGCACCGGAGAUGCAAUUAAAACAUGGCGAUUCAGCAACAUGAAACAGUGGAAUGUAAACUGGGAAAUAAAAAUGGUUACCGUAGAGUUUGCAGAUGAUGUAAGGGUUUCCUUCAUUUGCACUGAGGUGGAUUGCAAAGUAGUUCAUGAAUUCAUUGGUGGCUACAUCUUCUUGUCAACGCGAGCAAAAGACCAGAAUGAAAGUUUAGACGAAGAGAUGUUUUACAAACUUACCAGUGGUUGGGUGUGAGUUUGAUGUAUUGUAUACUGAGAGAAACCCCAUGGCCAUAUUAAUAUUUAACUUUAAAAGCUGUUUGAAAUAUGCUGCUUAAUAAAGUAAGCUUGAAAUGUAUCUUUUUUUUUUUAUUUUAUCGUGGAAAUUUUUGCAUUACCAGACCAGUUAAUGUGUGUGCACUAAUGAGCACUUCCGUUAAUCUGCUAUGAAGAGACAGUUUAUAGGCUACAUAAUGUAGCAAAUUCUACCGCUGGUCUUUAGACACAAGACACAAUGGGCAGAUCAUGAUCAGAUUUGACUGAUAGCCAAAUUACGAAGAGAACUCUAAGCCAUCUACUAUAAAGCUAUCCAGGGCUUAAACUAUAUGAAGUCUAUUUAUCAUGUUUAAUGCAUGUUUUUUUCUUUAGUGUUUUUUUUAUACUGUAAAUUUGACCUCCUGUUUUUUUAAGUCCUCCUCCCUUUGAGUAGAACUUAGAGCUCUAUUUUCACACUACAUGAAUCAGGACAGUUACAGAUGCCUGACGUUAUUUUAAAGAUAGUUGUGUGGGGCCCUGAAGAACAGUCCUCUGUUAGUCUGUUAUAGUUUGGUUUAUUUGUUAACUAUUUCCUUUGGAUAAUCAUUUAUAUUGUCUUUCUUUUUUUUUUUUUUUUU